AUGGAAUCUUGCGUCUUGGUGGAAUUGCUUCAGGCAAAUGAUAACCUAGACCUAAAUUUAGCAGCUCUGGAGCAGCUGUCCGCUAUCGUGUUACAGUCAGAAAGUCCUGAUUCGCUUAAGAAACUUUUUCCUCCCUCAAGUAUUAUUCCACCGUUGCUUAAUUUCUUCCUUAACUCAUCCAUGGAGAGUAGUAUUCUUGAAACAGCGGCCAGGGUUAUGACAUACUACCUACAGUUUUUACCGUUCGAUACCAUUGCUUCCAUAACAGACCAAGAAUCACUAUUUAUUGCGAUUGCGCGUCGAAUUUCUAGAUGUAUUGAGACAUCUGAAGGUCAUGUUUUACACACCGCAGUGGAUUUAAACAGUCAGUUACGGAAUCGAUUCGAUGGUCCUUCCAUCAGUCUGAUUGUUGAACUCAUUCUCAACCUAUGCUUUCACAAACCAAGUUUACUAAAGGGUCUCGUGGCGAAGUCAACCAUUUUUAGCGAAAUUUGUGAUAUGCUAAAAUCUUCAUCACCAGAUGAUGCUAAACAAAAAAGUGUUGAGGGGCGUAUAUCUGCCGAUAUACUUGUGGCUAUGAACACCGUACAAAUAAAAACCUGUUGGUGGGAUUUGGAGGGCAGAUCUUUACUCGCUUCGGCUGUGGAGUGUCGCUAUUUGUCCGCGAUAAUGGCUCUAGUGAAUCGCGGAUCUGAUCCAAACUCUGGCCUCAAAGAAACGCCUAUGCACGUCGCUGCCUCUCUGGGGGACACAAACUCUGUGCGCUUUCUCAUCUCUCUUCAAAAUAAUAGGGUUGGCGUAGCUGCAAAUCCACUUCUUCGCAACACCCUUGGUCGUACUCCGAAGGAAUGCUGCAAACAAAGCAACUUGGCCGAAUUGUUAAAAACCUAUGAAGAAGGAAGGGGCAUCUCGUUAAUGGAUGACCAUACAGCGCUUCGUCUGAUAACCCGUGUUUGCCGUUCCUGUCCUGGAUAUGCCAUGGUCAGUCUCGCUUUAAAGGAGGAAUCGAGUCGUAAUUCUAGAGGCCAGGUCACACAAUUUCCUCUACGAACUCAGCUUCUUAAUCUUAUCACAUCAGGGCUUAAUCAAGGAUGUAUAUCAGAAGCAUGCCAAAUGCUCUCGCUUAUUUUGGCGCUUGUGGAUCAUCCAGGCAUACCAGAGGGUCUGCAGCGUCACGGUGUGCUUGAUUUCCUUUCAUGGCGAAUAGAGGCCGAAGUCCUAUUGAUGGGAAAUUCACAAGAUGGACACUUGAGAUCGAAACCACAAUGCAUCUAUGAGAUCAGCUGGGAUCAAACUUACCAGUUUGGAGACUGGUUUGUUUCACGGAGCGGGAAUUCUUCCGUCUUUAUACUGCAGGAGUAUGCAGCAUUACACAUUGAAGUGAAGCUGCGUCAAAUACAAGACUAUCCAACAGCUCCAAUAAUUUUCGCAACCCUUCUUACACGUUCCGACAGCACGAAGGGCUACGAUUUGAGAGCUACUGCUAAGCUAAAUCAGAGUAGAGCGGACAAAGUGGGGAAGCUUGUGGCGAAAACGAUUAUUCUCUGUUCAAGUGCUGAGGUCGGCCAGAUUCAAGAUAACAAGGACCCAACCUCCCAAUGGUUAAAAUGUCAGGCGUGCAUAAUGAGGACUUGCAGUUGCAAAGUAGGUGUCUUGCCCUUGCCUCUCAAGUGUGGACAAGGAAAGACGUCCAUUCCAGAGGCCUUAUACGGUGCCUGCAGUACUCUGCCUCUCGGGGGAAAGGGUAACCUCCCUGUCGAAGAAACUGAUGUAUCUUCUGGUAAGGUUGAUCCUGAGAACGGAGGCUUUGAUGUGAAAGAGACUUCUCCUGCUAUCAGUAAAGAACUCGUGUUCGUUGAUAAUACCCCCUUUGUGGAAUCAUUGACAUCAACUCAGAGUUAUCCAAAUACUGCAACUUCGGAAGACACCCAGAAGCUUUCGUGCACUGCAGAGAUUGAUUUUACAUCCAAUGAAAUUCGCGAUUUUCAAACCAAGAUUAAUCAACUAAACCGUUUGACAGUAGGACUUCUCUCCUUGAGCAUCAGUUCAUCAGGGCUAGUAGUGUGCCUGAGGAAAGAUGUGGAAGCAGAGCCGUAUCUGAAAGCACUAGCAAUUGACGACAAUGAGAUGGUUAUAUGCAAUCAUAUUGAAUGCUCUGGAGAAUUCGACCCGGAUUUUUUUAAACCUUUUUCGAGGAACUUGAUUGAGGAUAAAGCAAAACAAGAAGCAUUAAACCAAACCCUACCAGAUAGUACUAACUUGGGGAAAAUUAUCAUCAGCCCGUCAGGAUCAGGCGGUGUGAGGUUUUUUGGAACAGAUGACUGCAUCCUUUUCUUGAGUCCCCGACACUCAGUCAAAGAAAGCUAUUUCGGACCUUCGAAGAAUUGCGAAUACAUAACAAGAUCUGAUUGCAACAUGUACAAAACUGAUUUAUCUCAGUGCCCCGCCUUCCGUGAUUUCAUGGCCGACGCUACACCCUACGAGGUUGUUGCUUCUGGUGUGCUUCCAGCUCUACUGAAUCUAUUUGAGUUUCGCGCCCAAAUUUUAGCAAAAUACUCUGUUAUCUUGGCACAUCACGCCUUUCUUGCUCUCCAGAACUGUUCACACGAUGGUCUAAAGGAUUCGUGUUCAUUCGGCGAUUCCAGGGCCUGCAAUAAUCUUAUUUUCACAACCCAGCAGCACUUUUUACAAAACCUAUUUCAGAAUGGUUCGGAAGUCCUCACCAAAAAACUUAUUGAAACAGUUGAGCUGUUCGAAAGGUAUUCAUUAGCCUUGCCGAACUUUGGCGAAUCCUAUGAACAGCUUGUUCAGCGCUCCAUUUACUUGCAACCGAAACUGCAAGAUAGCUUGAGGGCUCAGGCUCCAUCAACAAUUUGUAGACAAGUACAUCAAAGAAAAGUUGACCUCUCCAACUAUCGCAUCUACACAGCCCCACUAGUGACUUUCCAACAACUACGGAAUUGGCUUCUAGAUAAGAUUGACCAUUCUCCUUGGUUAGUUCCACCAAGGAAUAUGCCUCUUCAAAUGCACAUGGAUGCACUUGAAAACAUGGAAUUCAUGAAAGAUGCAUCAAAACCAGAUCAGGAGAUACACCUUGCGCCUCUGCAAACAAGUGUGUCCAAUCCAGAAUGGGAUGUCAAUAAAGUUGGAACUCGUACUCUUCCAAAGGUCUAUUUCGGUGGCAUUUUUCAUUGGCUUAGCACAAAUGGUGGUCGCGAACCAAAAAAUCGCGCUAACCCCGCCCGCUUCUUCAAAGUGAUAAAGAUAAUCACAUCAGACACCAAGCUCAACAAUCGACCGUUCUACCUGAGUAGUAUAAUCUACAAAGAAGACAGUAGUAGGAGUGAUGACGACUUGGUUCAAACUCAAUCACUUGCCUGGAUUAAGAUCAACUCGCGCGGGUCUCAAAGUCAUGGCUUUUCGCUGCUAAACCAGCCCUGGAUCUUUAUUGACACGGGAGUCCUGUUAGAAACAAGUCAUUACUGUAUAAAGGUUCCGAUGUUCUCCGGCCAGUGGCCUCGUUUACAGCAUUGGAAGCUGCUGGCUUCUUCCGACAGAAAAUCAUGGGAUCUGCUCGCUGAGCAUCAUGUCCAUCCCCAAGGCCAAACUCCGUCUGCGUACUGGAGUUCUCAAGGGGAGCGAACGUGGGCUGUGAACCUCCCUCGAACCUCUUACCGUUUUUACUGGUUGAUCAGUCUCCUUCAUCCUCAACUCGGAUUCAUGGAAUCCCAAGCUUAUCUAAAUCCAGGUAGUACUACCAAGUCUUCUUUUAUCCAACGUGCGGACUUUUCAAACUUCAUUGAACUGCAAAAUAUUGAAUUCUACGGACGUCUUAAAGGCAUUUGUGUCACUUCUAAGUUUGACGCUUCCGAAUGUGCUACUUUUUAUCAUACACCGAUCAAGCCAGGAGAUUUGGUAGUUUUGAAGAAGUACCAGCUUCCAGAACGCUACUUAAAAGAAAUAUGGCCGCCUUCCUUUGAAAAUGAUGUUGAAAAUCAACAUUGGGAGUUAGAAGCACCGUCAUUGUCAUUGGGACUAGCUCUUUCGGGGCCUGAGGGUGGUUAUGUAACGGUGGCCUGGUUCAAGCCCAUCCCGAAUGCGACCCAGGACGGGUUUUCAUCUUGUGUGGUCAUAGAACGCUCGUCAGUGGAAAGGAAUGACAACAGCCAACCCAUUCGAUUUAUUUUCCCAAGUCAAGUAACAAAUCACACCGCAAUGAUUGAGCUAGCUACUCCUGAUUAUGGAAACCCUGCCCUACAAAUAUUUGUCAAGAACAUAUCAGUUUGUGGAAGUUCAACUAAUGUGAUGGAUGAGAAUCGUGAAUUACUACUCGAUAAAACAGCACCAAAUUCGACUACACCGGCGAACCGUUUGGAUGAAGACAUGAUCAGCCAGAGGAAAAGUCCAACCUUGGCGACAAUGGAAGCAUCCUUGCUUUUGGCUUCAGAAUCUACCGUUUUUGGUCGGCUAAUUCUGCCCCGUUGUGAGGAAGCGUUUCGGUUGGGUAGUUUUCAGUUCAGUGUUUCUUUUUAUGGGUCAUGUUCACCGCCAUUAUGGCCACUACAAGAUGGCUGCCCGAUGCUCGCCGGACGCGAUUCAUCUUCCCAUGAGACCGAUUGUAGCCUAACCGCCCCUCACGAAUAUGACAUCCUCACACGUGGUAUCGAUAUUUCCAACCCAUCCAAGGUUACCACCCUUGAUGCAAAUUUACCUGGCUUCGUUCCACCCUUCGACUUGAGAUCGGGUACCCAAUCGCAACCAGCCACGGUAGCGUUCGACCCUAGCGAAGGCGAGCAUGCAUCACGAGGAAUAGGUGGCCUGAGAAGUCAGGGGCUGCAUUUGUGGCUAAGUUGGAAUACGCGUGACUCAAGUGAAAAUGAGGAACCACAAUCGGCUAUGAAGUCAAUGGAACCAAACACGGUUCCGGAUUUUUGUGACCAACAAUCCUUUCCAAAUGUUGAGCUUCCAAUUUUUCAUUGCUGGACAGGAGGAGACGGAGUGAUUGAAGAGUUUCCUGGAUGUGGAAGACUAAAGCGACCGGUCAGUCCAACUUUGAGCAACUGUCAACGGACAUUCACACUCUACUACUCCUUUGACAAAAAGUCGUCCAAACUUUCCACUGAGCAACUACGCAGGGAUAAUGAAUCACUCACUCACUCAUCAGUAAACAAACUUCCCUUUAUUAGUCAGCAUUCGGAUUACACUAUCGGUCAUAAAAUUACUGCCGCAGAUUUGGUCGAACAGUGUCUGAACCUUCUACGUAUUCUCUAUGGUUUUUCGUCGCCAAGUGAUCCAGACCAACAGCUACCAACUUCCUUUCUUGAAAGCGGCGCUAUGCCUCCUAUUUCUCAAUCACUGUUUUGUCCCGAAGACAUCUUCUUCUCAUCACGUCUAAGGAGAAAAGUUGAAACAUUCAUGAGAAAUCCGUGGUCCGUUAUUCAAGCGGCAGCGCACCCCCUUUCGACAACGGCUUUCGGUGAAAAACACCAAGAUAAUGCUAAUGUGGUUACCUGGUGUCAAACGCUAAUGCGGAACUUCCACUUUUUAUUUCCAUUCUCUACACGUGUCGAUUUCUGGAGGAUUACAAGCUUGGGACUUAGCAGGUCAAUUGUCUGGCUUCAGCAGCAGCAGCAAAAACAGCUUAUAGGCAAUUCCUUUGGAAGUGCUGGUACGACUCGGGGUAUAUGUUCUCGAAACGCCGAUGGUGAAUCAAAGCUUCGGUUUGCUGCUUCCGACUUCAGCUAUCUAUGGAGACCAUCAAUGCUUCUCAACCUAAAGAAAGAAUCUGGCAAUGAUUCCACUUAUCCAGAUAGUCGUUUCAUAGAUGAGUCACUCAACGGUUUACCCUAUUCACAGUCGUCUUCACUAGGAUUUUGUUCCAGCACUGCCACUAGCUCAUCAAACUACUCACACUUCUACCCCCAUACCAAUGGUCUCAAGAUGUUGGGCCGCUUGCAGCGAGAGGUUGCUAGCGUCCCUCGACCGUCGGAUACGGAGAACGAAAAUUGUAGCUUUUGGCGCUCCACAGUGCAGCUUCUUACCUCACACGCUGUAAGAAAGCAGGAGCUCGAGGUUGGGUUCGAGGAUGAGGAGGGCACCGGAUUGGGACCGACCAUGGAGUUUUAUGCAUUAAUUUCUGCUGAGUUGAUGCGAAAAUCGCAUUGUAUAUGGGUGGCCGAUUACGCUAGUAAUGAAAAAGGUUUUAGAAGGACUAUGGAAGCCAUGGUUGGAAGGAACAAUUUGGACAAGGACUGGAGAAUGAAUGAUUUGGAGAUGACAUACGUAUGUCCAAUAAAUGGCCUCUUCCCUUCUGCAUGGCCAGCGAACGCCCUGCCACCGGGAGCGGAAGAACGUUUCCACGUCCUCGGCAUUGCCCUUGCCAAGUGUCUUCAGGAUCAACGCCGGAUGGAUCUGCAUUUUUCGACGAGUUUUCUGAAAUUACUAAUUGAUGAUGGAAAAGCCGAAAAGUGCGAAUUGGCAUCAAGGUUGGAGGAUUUCACGGAAAUUUAUCCAGAACAAGGCAAAUUCUUCUUACUGUGCCUCAAGUACUUAAAUUGCGCAAAAAAUAGAGCGCUCACCCCGGAGGAACGUGAACGUCUCGAAGUUGAGUGCCUUUCGUCGAAACUAUCCGACCUUUGCCUUACUAUGGAAUUUCCCUCAGCUACUACGAAGUUUGGUCAAAGCUCAUUUAGACUGGAGGACAGUUAUGGUUGGGAUAACCCAAAAUCUUGCAUCGAGCCCCAACAGAAUACAGAAGAAGUGGAGGCGAUAGACCAUGGGAACCUGGAAAUUUACAUAAAAAGAUCAAUUGAUUUCGCAAUGGAAAAAGGGAUCAGAAAACAAAUGGAGGCCAUGAAAGAUGGAUUCAAUUUAGUUUUUCCGCUGAGCACGUUAGCCGUCUUCACUCCCGAGGAGCUGGAUCAGCUAGUAUCAGGAGACAUGUUGCCAAAUAAAUGGACACAUGAAGAAUUGCUAGCUGCCUUUGAACCCGUUGCCGGCUACACACAGCAAUCGGCCAGUUACUUAAUGCUUCUAGAGGUUCUGUCAAACUUUACAGGAACUGAGAGGAAGUGUUUCGUGAGAUUUGUGACUGGGUCGCCUAAUCUGCCACCGGGCGGAUUUAGAAACCUCCACCCCAAAAUAAAGGUAGCAAAAAAGGAUGCAAGCGCCUUUGGACCCUACCCCAGCGUGAACACAUGCAUGCAUUACCUAAAACUACCAGAAUACGACACAGCAGAACAAAUGAGGGAGAAACUGCUAACCGCCGCAGUCCAACCUGGCUUUUUUCUAAACUAA